AUGUCUGCAGAUGUUGGCGACACAUCUGAGCCAGCGCUCUUCUUAGACGAGUUCAGGCGCUUGGCCAACCAUAUGAAAUGGAGCAAAAAGAAGAAGCGCGAGUAUCUUGUGAAGGCGUUGAACGCUGAGAUCGACUUUUAUGGAGACGAGUCAAUCGGAUUAGUUCGCUGGCAACGCUUGUGCCAGGAGCUUGGAAUUGGCAGCGAGCCCGAGUCCAACGAGCUAAAGUCCAUAACAAAAUGCAAAAAGGUAAGCCCCAGAACCUUGCUUAAUCACCCUGACAUGGCAGACGCCAUGUAG